AUGAAUGAUGAUGAAGCAUUAAUGGCAGAACUUAUGGAUAUGAUGGCCGGAGGUAAAAGGAAAAACGCAAAGAAAGGGGCCAAAGAAGAAACUAAGAAAGGAAAAGCAAAAAAGAACGAUGUACCAGAUGAUGACGAAUUAAUGGCAGAAUUAGAACAAAUGAUGGCAGAAGAAGAAGAUGGAGGUGAAGAUGACGACUUAAAAUUAUCAGAUGACAAUAAUGAAAAUCAAGAUGAUGGAGAAAUCGACGAAUCAGCAAUAGGAGAUGAUUCUGAAGAUGAAAAACCACAACCAAAGAAACCUGAACCAUCAAAACCACAAAAUACACCUCAAAUUACUCCAACACCUUCAAAACCAGCAGCAAAACCUCAGCAACCUCAACAACCACAACAACCUGCAAAAACAGCAGCAAAGCCACCACCAAGCUACGAUUUUAUGAACAAUUUCCCAGAUAUAGAAGAUCCUCAACAAAAUCAGCCUAAACCUGCUCAACCUGCUGCAAAACCGCAAAAGCCUGUUGAACAGAAACCACCGGAGCCUCAAAAACCACAGCCAGCGCCUAAACAACCCGAAAUACAACAACCAGUCCAACCAGCACCAGUUCCUCAGCCGAAAAAGCCAGCUGCUCAACAAGAAAAGCCUGCGCCAAAGCCACAGCCUAAACCAGCUCCGAAACCCAAACCAAAACCUGCUCCAAAACCAGCACCAAAACCACAAGCUCCACCGAAACCAAAAUCAGUUUCGGACAUCAAAUCGACAGCAGAUUACGACAAAUUAUUUUCAACAUUUGCAUCGAGCUUUUAUACAUUUCUUACAGAGCCAACUAAGCCAGAAGGCAAGAAGUUCGUGAACCAAGUCGAUCAGCUUCUUCCAAUGGUCUUAGAUGGCCCUCAAAAGUUUGAUCCGAAUAUUUCUGUGAUAAAUCCGAAACAUAUUGCUCCAUACUACUCGAAAUUCUCCGAAUUCCAGGACAAAGAUGUCAUUUCCUGCGCAGAUCCUGUAUCAGCAGCUAAAGUAUUACCUCAAAUUCAAAAUACUCUACAAGAGCUCAAAAACGACAUCAAAGCUCUUGCCCACAUCAAAGAGGACAAGCAAAAGAUAUUACCUUUACUAGAAGCCUCCAAGAAACUUGAAAAAACAAUCGAAAUUUUCCCAGAUUAUCCAUUUGUCAUUUCCGAUGUCCUUAAAUACGGUUUCCCAAUUGUUAAUAGUGAUUUGGAGCCAAAGAAAAUCGAACUUACCAUCAUCAAAGGAGAAAAUUUCCCUGGCCAAGACUUUGUGAUCAAAUCCCAGAUUCCUGUACAAGACGAACUCAAAACACUCGACAAGAACAACCCAGUUUUCGUCAUAUUCAUGGCCAAAGGCUUCAAAGGAAAGAAUCCUUUGAUAAAUUACACUAAUAAAUGGCCAUUGACUCAAGAUUCGCUCAAAUUCGUUCAGAAGAUGCCAGCAACAAUGUUUUUCAUGCAUGGAAAUGACGAAAUUGGCCACAUAAACAUGGAAUUCAGAGGAAUUCUUAAUAAUUGCACUGUCGAAAUGGAAUGUCCUGUAUUAGAUGAGAACGAGCAGCCUACAAACAUAAAGGUAUACACAAGACUUCGUGUUAGAAAAGCUCUCAGAGGCACAGAAUGCAAAAUUGUCAAUCGACCAAUUUUAAUUUCACCGAUUGCCAAAUUCUGCAGCAAUCCUCCCCCAAAGAAACCAGCUUCAGCCAAAUCAUCAAAUGCUUCAAAACCAGAUGAAAGUGAAGCAGCAAAGAGUCAACUUAGACAACCAACACCUGCUAAACCAUCAUCACAACAACAACCUUCACAACAAACUUCUCAACAACAACAGAAGAAACCAGAUUUACCAUAUUUCUGUGUGUUGGCUGAUGAUGAAAUGGCAGAGUUUUGGAGUAUUGAAGCAUUGAUGUUCUUUGCAGAGAGUCUUGAUGAAUUGUUGAAGAUCUACAAGAUGAAGAAGGUAGAACCAUCAGAACAGAUGUUGAAGAUGCACAAAUGGGCGAAAGAAACAUCUCAGAAAAUCAUGGAUGAUGUACAAAAUGAAAGAAUUUCUAUGGAAGAAUACAAACAAAAACUCAAUGAUGCAAUUGAGAGAGAAAGAGUUAAUGUUGAAUGCUGCACAAUUCCUGUUGAGAAGAGAUCAAGAAAUGGAUACUUAGGUAUAAUGUGCAAGGAACUUAGUGAAUUCGAAUAA